CUCCUGUUUGUCUAAAAAGCCAGCAAAACCAUCAUGGACGACGAUGUUAAAUCUGCGGCUAAUGCCAUGAAUGAUCGUGGCGCUGACCUCAACUUCGGUAUGUUGGUUCACUACGGCGGAGUAGACUUGUAUAACCCAUAUAGCUGAAUGUAUAUGAAUUGGAUAUGCUGCAGAGGUCUCAGUGGUCGAAGGCGACGAGCUGGAGGACGGACUCAUGUCCCCGAAGGUCAGGGACACGCUCAUUGGCGCCAAAACCGCGGCUUAUGGAGACGAUGACAAGCCUGUACGACCCAUGGGUCUGUGUGGCUGCUUCAGCUUGGCUUUCUACCAGCCGUAUUUUGAUGUCGACACUUCGGACGUUCAGCAACGUCUAAUGCGAGCGCUAGUUCCGUUCAAGAAAGACCCAACGUUCGCUGAGCUAGCACUGAAGUCGCCAGAUGCGUAUGGUCCGUUUUGGCUCUCCACGACGCUCAUCUUCUGCCUAGCGUCGUGCAGUAAUGCGGCGUCCUUCCUGGACUACGAAGGCAACACAGACGAGUGGUCGUACGACUUCAGUCGCCUCGCUUCAGCCUACACACUCGUCGAGAUAUUCCUACUGGGCCUUCCUAUGCUGAUCUGGCUAGUUGGCAAGUACUUCCAAGUCCCGAUGACGCUACUCUUCCUCGUGUGUCUCUAUGGCUACUCCUCGAUCAUGUUCAUCCCAGCAGCGAUCUUGUGUGUUUCGCCAGUGGACGCCAUGGAUUGGGUAGUGAUGCUAGUUGCAAUGGCGUGGUCGCUCUACUUCCUGCUGAACAACCUCUGGCACGUCAUUUCUGAGCAUUUGACGAAGGAAAAGAUGCUGCCAGUGCUGGCAGUUAUCAGUGGAGCGCACAUGAUGUGGGCCAUUCUUAUGAAGCUUCUGUUCUUUUAGGCGACGCGGUCUUACGUAACUCAAUACGAGCACUCUUUGGCACUCUUUGUUUAAACUUUUGUCCAAUUCAACAUAUUUAUGCGGUACGCACUGAAUUGCAUUACCAAACGAUGCACACGACAUUACAACAAAGCGAUAAUAACACCGACACAGGCCGCCUCGAAACAGCAUGGCUACACUAUCCUGAUUUCUUCUUCGUCGUCACUGUCCAAGCCCAUCCCGCUCUCCGCGUUCAGCAUUAUUUCUCUCUCAUCAUCCGGAUGUACGGCCAACUCCUCGAAGUCAAUGUCUUUGCCGAUAGUAGUGGGCUGAUCCGACCGGUUCCUGCAGAAAAUAACGAAUAGCUCAUUAACUCGCUCCAUCGCAUCACUAAACCACCAAAGCCGAGAAACCUACUUGAGGAAAAUCGCCAAUCUGACGUACUGUACUGCGUUGCGCAGCGCCAGCACCGAGUCCGCCGCGACUUCUUCCAGUUCACCCAGCACGCCUUCCCCCUCGUUGAAGUACAUGGCCACUGACACCAGGCUCAUAACUGCAGCACAGACAGCAGUCCAUCAGCUACGGCAUCAUCAGAGUCGCCGUUGAACUCGAACUCACCUAAGGCGACAACGUCGAAGACGUUGCACCAUUUGUGCCAGAACCUCUGCCAUUUACAACAGACGACACGCUGAGUAAGACCCCACUGUUUCCAGAACCUGCCACUCGUGACUGCACCAUCGCUCACCCUCUUAAACGCCAUCAUCCGCAGCAACACCUCGAACACCAGCAGCGCACUGACCGUGAUCUCCAGCGAAAUAAACACCACCGACGAUGGACUAACACAUCAAUGCAUUCGUUAAUAAUCUGCUGUCCAUUCCACCGCUUGACUGUUAAUAGGACGUACAUUUUCCAGUUAUUCAUCCCAGUCUG